AUGACUGUGGAGAAGAGCAAAGGGUUUUCGAAGUCAGCGCAGCCAGCGACGCGAAAGGUUGCUCCUGAUGGAGGAUGGGCGUGGAUGGUCUGCUUAGGUGUCAGCUUAGUCAAUUUCUCCACGCGUUCUCUGGAACCAUCGUUCGGUUUGUUAUUCAAGGAUCUGCUCGAUGACCUUGGGGUCCACACGACAGGCGCGUCGGUGAUCGCCAGUACCCUCGAUUCCGUAGUCAAUUUCUCCGGCUUCUUCGUGGGCCCAGUCAUCAAAACCUUUUCUUAUCGGAAAGUCUGCUUUGUGGGUUCGACGAUAUGCGCCCUAGGUCUGCUCUUUACCGCACCCGCGAACAGCAUGGCGCAUAUUUUAGCCACCUACAGUAUAAUGGGAGGUUUUGGUGUCGGUUUAGCUUCAUCGUCUUCGUUCGUGUCACUGAAUCAUUACUUCUCAAAGAAACGUGGUCAAGCCGUGGGCUUGUCUAUGGCUGGUACAGGGUUCGGCUUGAUGGUUAUGCCGCAACUAGUCAAAUUACUAUUAGGAGAAUUUGGGUUCAGAUGGACAGUUGUGAUACUGGGAGCUCUCGCGUUCCACGCGGUCCUCGGGUCCACGCUACUGCAGCCAGUCAAACGGCAUCUGAUUGACGAACCAGUUGACUGCGAAUUGCAGCCCGUGAAGGAAAUGGAAUGCAUUCACGAAAGCGACGAGGAAGAUGACGAUAAGUUUGAAAUAAAUCCACUCGUCAGUCAUCCGAUGCCAAAGCUUACCACGCAGAGGUCCCACAAUAACAUGAAUCAUCCGUCGGUGCGAACCGUUGGUCUGCCGCGCGCGAAGACCUGCGACAAACCGUUGCAGGAGUUUGAGAAGUCCAAACUAGACCCGGGGUUGACGACCGCUGCUUCUCUGGCGGCGAUGCCUAUGGUUAAGUCUAGUGGUAGUAUAAGUGAAGCUGCUAGAAAGAGGAAAGUGUCUGUGAUAUCCAAUAUAUCUAAUAUGGACUUUACUGGGAGCUAUUUUCAGUUGUAUUUAGAUACGGCCGACGAAGACGCGCUACAAAUGAAAGCUAUAAAGAAAACUGAACCAGAGAAAGAGAAGAAGGCUGGUUUCAUAAGAAAGUUUAUAGCUCUAAUGGACUUAGAUUUGCUAAAAGACUGGUCUUUUCUGAAUCUUUUACUCGGACUCUCGCUGUUUUGGAGCGGGGAGUUGCAGUUUAGGAUGUUGACGCCGUUCUUUAUUAGAAGUUUAGGUUAUAAUAUGAACGAGACAGCGUUUUGCCUCUCGAUGACUGCGAUCACGGAUAUCGGAGUUAGACUGGUGCUGCCUCCGAUCUUCGAUAGGACCACGAUAUCCAAGAAGAUGAUAUUCUUUAUCUCCUCAUUCUUUUUGGCGGCGACACGAUCAGUGCUGGCGGAACAAUCAGAAUGGGUGCCGUUGAUGGUGUGGCUCUCUAUUUGCGGUUUCUUUCGUGGGAUGUGCUUGAGCAACUUCACUCUAACGAUAUCCGAGUACUGCCCCCUGGAGAAGCUGCCGGCGGCUUUCGGCCUGCACAUGGUCAGCAAGGGGGUGCUGGUCGUGCUAAUCGGACCACUGAUUGGUUACGUGAGGGACUACACAGGCAGUUUUGCUAUAUGUAUUCACGUACAGAACGCUCUAAUUAUGUCCUGCGUACUCGUCUGGGGCAUUGAAUACGCAUACAACUUAACACGGCGACGUAAAAUUGUACAAAUUUAG